UGGAGAGAGCCAAAGUUUGCCGCCUAAGUUUGCCGGGGACCGCGGAGCGCACGGUGCGCCACUUAAUUAACGACCACGCCGAGGUGAUUAUUAAGACGAACUGAAGAUGAACGACACGGGCAUAUUGUGCAAAAACAACCAAACAGACAGCUUCACCGACCAGUCAUGUCAGAACUCAACCCCCUCGCCUUACAGUCAGAUCGACAUCACCACUUUCAUGCACAUAUUCCCUUCAAUUUAUGGCAUCCUGUGCUCAGUUGGAGUUAUAGCCAACGGACUAGUUAUCUACGCGGUGGCAGCGUGCAAGAAGAAAAUGGUAUCAGACAUCUACGUGCUUAACUUGGCAAUAGCCGACAUGCUGUUCUUGCUGGUGAUGCCCUUCAACAUUCACCAGCUGGUCAGAGACAGACAGUGGGUUUUUGGAAACUUCAUGUGUAAGGCGGUCGUUGUGGUGGAUGUCAGCAACCAGUUUACCACGGUGGGAAUUGUUACUGUGUUGUGCAUUGAUCGGUACAUAGCUAUUGUCCAUCCCACCUCAGAAAAGAGGACCGUGCAGUGGACCAUCAUCAUCAAUAUAUUGGUGUGGCUGGGCAGCUUCCUCCUCACCGUGCCAGUGAUGAUGUACGCCAAGGUUGUGAGCAGGCAGCAUUUGGAGGUGUGCAUGAUGUACCUGGACGGGCCUGAAGACAUGUACUGGUACACUCUCUACCAGUCUAUCCUGGGCUUCAUCAUCCCACUCAUCAUCAUCAGCACGUUUUACUCGCUCACCCUCUACCACGUCUUCAGCUCCAUACGUCGGGUCAAGCGCAAGCAGUCUGUGUGGGCGAAAAGAGCCACGAAGAUGGUCCUUAUGGUCAUCGCCCUGUUCCUGAUCUGCUGGUCGCCCUACCACGUCAUCCAGGUGAUCAACCUGAGCAACAACAAGCCAACUGUUGCUUUUGUCUACGCCUACAACAUCAGCAUCUGUCUUAGCUACUCCCACAGCUGCAUCAAUCCACUCAUGCUGCUCAUCUUCGCCCAGAAUUAUCGUGAGCGUCUGUGCCGAAAGAACAUGCUGCACAGCUCGCAGCACUCAUCAAAGGUCACGGUGGUCAAAACAGAUGGUUCCAGUACAACAAAUGACCCCAACUACCGCUGUACGGUCAUCUAGCUUUUUGUAUAGAUACAUGUAAAUAUUUUGCUGCUUGGCACGGAAGAAAGGAGCUCAAAUGAAUGGAAUCACCGUGAACUCAUACCGCAUAACAUAAUGGCUCUGAAGCAUGAGCAGAGAACACAAUCGCAGCUGAAAAAAAAAAAAAAAAGGAAAAUGGAAUGGAUGUUUUUUGGGGGGUUUUUUUUGUCUCGGAGUUUCCAUUAGCCUACCAUACGUCCAGUGUCUUGCUGGUCUGAGAUGCAGCUUGCUGGAUAAGCAUUCACAUGCUGAGUGUGUGAAAUGAUGUGAUACUCGGGAGCCUUUCCAUGGGAGGGGUAAUGGGAGGAUCAGCUUUAUUAUAUGUUUGAUGGAUAAUUUUAACACCACACAUGGUGGCAUAUUCAUUCUGAACGCAUGUGAACUGCAGCAAGACAGCUAUCAGCACCGUUUUCCAAGAAGGAACUAUUUAUAAGGGCUUAUGAGUUGGAACCAGUGGCUUUACUAAUGGUGAAUACAUAAUUUUAUGUAGUAUGUAUAUAUAAUCCAUCCAUUUAUUUUCUACUGCUUAUAAGGGGCCUUAAUUGUAGGGUGAUUUGUCCAUUUUACAUUGUAAUAAAGCAUUUAAAUGUGUUGGCAUUCCAUUAAUAAUUGUUAUGGUUUUCCCACUCUUAAAUUAGCCAGGAAUUCUGUUGUUACCUUCUGUAAAAAUGGUGGUGUGAUGCAAUGGGUCAUGGCAAAAGUGGGAUUUGUCUCACAACCAACUCGUCACUUAUGGACACUCUCCCAGGAUGCAUUGUAAUGUUAUUAUAUGCCAUAAUCCUAAUCCUAAACCUAAUUGAGUAGCUUUGGGUGCCUAAGCCUAACCAGUGAGAAAGUGAAAGUAAAAAGGAAGCGAAAAGGAAACUAAUCAGGAGUGAAAACAAGGCAAAACAAAACCUCCUGAACUGGACACAAACUUGUGAGUCCAGCGCCAUCCAUCUGACCUCCUAAUGCAUAUUUCUUUAAUUUUAUCUGACAAACAUGCUGAAUUUCCCUGGAUUAAGUCCAGGUUUAUUUGGUUUGUCUCUCAGAGCAGUCAGAGGUUUUCACAUCCUGACGAUGCACAUUCAUGUUUUAAUGGUGUAUAGAGCAAGAGUAAAUUAUGUAUUCACCAUAUAUAAUGUAAAUAUUGUAAAGCAUUAGUUACAACUGCUAAAUGUACACACUUCUGAAUUGUGGAACCCAAUAAUUCAAUAUGUGAAAGAAACUGAAUUAAAAAAACAUUUGAAGGUAAUUUCAUGGCAAAACAUUAGAACAGCAAAGGUGAUUUUCCUGGUCAUGCAUUUUUCCUGCCUGACUGUUGUACAAAGUACUGUAAAUCAUGAGUUUUUGCCAAUCAUGGAUCUUAUAACGGAAGGGUGCGGUUAGUACACUAUUUAUGAAAUAUGUUUGUAAUGAAUGUAGCAUUUAAAGAGAAAGGCUUAAAAAAAAAUCAAAUUCUGUUAUUGAGCAGUUCUUAAACCGCUGAGAACAGCCUGUUUGUUUUACCCUCAGACUGCUGUUAAAUUCAGCAUAAAACACCAGUGACCAAUUUGAACCCAAAUGUAAGACACAGUAGAACCUUUUGGAUGAUCAAAUUUUUUUUUUGGUUUCUGCCUUAAUGAAUGGUUUCAGAACUCAUCAGACGUUCUGUGUUUUAUUGCUCUUUGUUUAUUUAUUGAGCUGCAGUGAUUUCAAUUGAAGUCACAGACCUCACAAACAUCCUCUUGCUUUUCCCUAAAAGAAAACUUAGGCAUGGGCCCAGAAAUAGACAGCAUUUUUUUGUUGUUGUUGUUGUUUGUCUUGUGGCAGAUUUGUAGAAACAAUGUCGAUAUUGUAUAUUGACUGAAGAUGUUUGUUAGAAUAUUGGGGCUCUUCUCUUCUCCCAAAUUGUGUAUAUUUGAUCUGUGCUUCAGAUUGUGGCUCUGACAUGUAAUUUUAUGAUAAGAAGUUGUGUUUCUUUCAUAAAGGACUCUGAGUGGUAUUACAGACACAGCAAAGUCAUUAUCCUUCAGUGUAAUGUUAAUAUGCACAUUCAAAAGUGAGAAAGUGAUAUGAAUACAGCUCUUUUUGUGAUCUGUGACGCUGCAGUCACAGGGGAGUUAUCAGGAGUGACCUGAUAACACACUGCCAAUGGAUACUUCCCCAAUAGCUGUGAAAUUAGAGCUACAUAAUAAAUCAUCAAGACUGCUUUCUUUCAUAAGUUGUCCCUAAUUAUCUCUAAAGUAACUUGAUUGCCAUCUGCUACUCACUUACUAGUUUGACUGAAUAUGUUUAAGAUUAAUUUUAAUCAUUUGGAGUAAUAUUGAGAUAAAGGCGACAUUUUUUACAGUUCAUUAAUUAUCAGGUCAUUCCUGAGUUCUUGCUCCUCGAUAAUCACAUUUCAGUGUG